UUUGAUCCACUUUUGGAAAACAAAUUCCCCAGAGCAACAAGUGACUCUGCCAUCAACUUUAAUAUAUUGUUAGCCAACUCAGAAGCCCACAUUUUUCCAACUUUCCUAAAAAUGCCAAGCACAAAUUAGCUCUUGUUCAAUCCACUGCGCGCGCUUGUGUAGCGAAAACGGAUUGCGAUGAUCGUGUCCAACGUGAGCUUCAGCGGCUGCACGAGGGCCAAUAGCGCGCUGUGUACUGGUGCUGCAGACAGGCACCUGGAACACAAUUUAUCCCGCACCACUCUCAGCCCGACCGGGAACCUGAUAGUCUCAGUGUGUUUGGGCUUUAUUGGCAGCUUCGGAUUCCUCAACAACCUCCUGGUUCUCGUCCUCUUCUGCCGUUACAAGGUGCUGCGCUCGCCUAUCAACUUGCUACUGAUUAACAUUUCAUUCAGUGAUCUGCUGGUGUGUGUGGUGGGAACUCCGUUCAGUUUCGCGGCAAGUACACAGGGAAGAUGGCUCAUAGGAGAAAGUGGGUGUGUAUGGUACGGCUUUGCCAAUUCACUAUUAGGCAUCGUGUCCCUCAUCUCCCUGGCCGUGCUCUCCUACGAGCGUUACACUACCAUGAUGGGUCCAACCGAGGCCGACUCCACCAACUACCGGAAGGUAGCUUUGGGCAUCGCUUUCUCCUGGGUCUACUCACUGAUGUGGACCCUGCCGCCGCUCUUCGGCUGGAGCCGCUACGGUCCCGAGGGGCCCGGCACCACCUGUUCAGUGGACUGGAUGGCCAAGAGCGCCAACAAUGUCUCGUACAUCAUCUGCCUCUUUGUUUUCUGCCUCAUCGUCCCCUUCCUGGUCAUAGUCUACUGCUAUGCUAAACUGAUGCAUGCAAUCAAACAGGUUACCGCCAUCAACACAGCUAUGAGCAGGAAGAGGGAGCAGCGUGUUCUCGUCAUGGUGGUAGUUAUGGUGAUGGUGUACCUGAUGUGCUGGUUGCCGUAUGGGGUCAUGGCCUUGCUGGCCACCUUCGGACGCCCUGGCCUGGUCACCCCCGAGGCCAGCAUCGUCCCCGCGAUCAUGGCCAAGACCAGCACGGUCUUCAACCCUGUUAUCUAUAUCUUCAUGAACAAGCAGUUCCACAGGUGUUUCCGAGCGCUGCUGAGGUGCCAAGAGCCUCAGCGGGGUUCCAGCCUCAGGAACUCCUCCAAGGCACCGCCCAAAGCCGCCCGAGGCAGUGCCCGCAAAACCAACCAACACAACUUAACUUUCAUGGUUGCUUCCCUUGGGCAGCCCACCAGCGACGUCCCCCAGCUGGGGAAUGCAACCCUGGACUCAGCCGCCCCUGCUUACUCUGACAUGGUCAGGCCCACCAUUGUGUCACUAGUGGCCCACUACAACGGCGUUCUGGGGCGAACAGGCGUUACAACCCCUAGGAACCAAUUACAGGGAAGGGAGGAGGAUCCAGAGGAGUCAUCAAAGUGGAUUUAGUGCUGUCAGUAUGAUGGACAGCAGGCUAUAAAAUCUGAAUGCCUCCGGACUCUUUGGAAGGGGAGCCGCAGGAGCUGCUAGUGCAUCUUGAGGAAGGACAUCAAUCUGUCUGGGUCUGCACAAGCUUAUACAUUCUGUCGUCGUUUACUAGCUCAAAUACGCCUAUGGACCGAGAGUGGGGAGAGAAGGGAGAGAAUGGUGCGAAGAACCCCAAUUUAUUUUGUGCAAUUUCUAAUGUUUUGUAAAAUAUAUUAGUUCCAUGACAUGUCGAUGUGAUUUCACCCCGUCAGUGUACCUUUUAUAGUGCAAAAAAAGAGAGAGAUGAAGAGUGUAUUUUUGUACUGAGCGGAGAUUGGAGUCACAGAUUGUAUUGUAUUUGUAUUGUAUUUCAAUUAUUUUCAGGAGACACAUUUCAAAGGUGUGUUUCAAAGGUGUGAAGAUGACAAAGCGCUCAGAAAAAAAGCAAAAAAAAACCCCACAAAAGGUAA